AAUAUGGUCACUGUGAGGAAAGCAGCAAAAACGACAAAGCUACGAGGACCCUGUGAACCAGUAAAUAAGAAACGACUGUUGACCAUGGGCACCGAUAUCGAACAAAGACCUUGGACACCGACUGUACGCCGCGGUAAAAUAGCCGCGGAGACUUCUAGUCCGGGACCAGCAUGUGUGCAACUACCAACUUUAGUCGGCAAGAAAGUACCUGACUCGAAGAAACCAGGUGCGCCAGCGUUUACUUUUGGACAGAAACAUCGCAGCAACUUCGAUUCAAUUGGACCGGGGCCAGCGCAAUACGAUGUCACCGGCUUGGGUAUGAAAGGAAAAGCCACUCCUCCGGCAGCGAGCUUACGCAGUCGUCCCAAGGAGAAAACACUCUUUAGGACACCAGCACCCGGCGAGUAUGAUGUGGAUCGAGCUGCAAAGGCCGUCAUUGACGCUACGCCCAAGUAUUCUUUCGGACAAAAGCCUCCAAAUGAGAAGCCAAACCUAACGCCUGCGCCAAAUAGCUAUCGCCCUGAGGUUUCAUUUAUUAAAAAGAAAGCACCGAGCUACACUUUUGGUAGAAGAACAAAGCUCAGCUUCGAACAGGCGACUCCAGCACCCGGUGACUACCAAACGGAAAAAAUCCGUUUAGAUCACAGUCCUGCAUUUUCUAUCGCGGGUAGACAUGAUAUUAACAUAUCCAACGACUCGCCUGCACCAGGAACAUAUUGUCCCGAAAAUGCUCGCCUAGGCAAUACGCCGGCUUAUACCAUCAGCGGAAGAACUGCAAAGAUAUCAAUUAGCGAAACUCCUGGUCCGGGAAAUUAUUGUCCUGAAAAGGUCCGUCUCGAUCAUACCCCAGCAUAUACAAUGGCAGGGAAAUAUGACUCUAAAAUCAAUAAUGCCACACCCGCGCCAGGAGAUUAUUGUCCUGAGAAGGUCAGACUCGAUCACACACCUGCGUAUUCCAUGGGCGGUCGUCACAACUUACAGAAGCCCAGCGACACACCUGCACCAGGCGCUUAUUGUCCUGAGAAAGUUCGUCUUGACAACACCCCAUCAUACACAAUGGCUGGAAAACAUGAUCCCAAACAGAAUAACGAUACACCCGCGCCAGGAGAUUAUUGUCCUGAGAAGGUCAGACUCGAUCACACACCUGCGUAUUCAAUGGGUGGUCGUCACAACUUACAAAAGCCCAGCGACACACCGGCACCAGGCGCUUAUUGUCCUGAGAAAGUUCGUCUGGACAACACCCCAUCAUACACAAUGGCUGGAAAACAUGAUCCUAAACUGAAUAACGACACACCCGCGCCUGGAGAUUACUGUCCUGAGAAGGUCAGACUCGAUCACACACCUGCGUAUUCAAUGGGUGGUCGUCACAACUUACAAAAGCCCAGCGACACACCGGCACCAGGCGCUUAUUGUCCUGAGAAAGUUCGUCUUGACAACACCCCAUCAUACACAAUGGCUGGAAAACAUGAUCCUAAACUGAAUAACGACACACCCGCGCCUGGAGAUUAUUGUCCUGAGAAGGUCAGACUCGAUCACACACCUGCGUAUUCAAUGGGUGGUCGUCACAACUUACAGAAGCCCAGCGACACACCGGCACCAGGCGCUUAUCAUUGUCCUGAGAAAGUUCGUCUUGACAACACCCCAUCAUACACAAUGGCUGGAAAACAUGAUCCUAAACUGAAUAACGACACACCCGCGCCUGGAGAUUAUUGUCCUGAGAAGGUCAGACUCGAUCACACACCUGCGUAUUCAAUGGGUGGUCGUCACAACUUACAGAAGCCCAGCGACACACCGGCACCAGGCGCUUAUUGUCCUGAGAAAGUACGUCUUGACAACACCCCAUCAUACACAAUGGCUGGAAAACAUGAUCCCAAAGCAAAUAACGAUACACCCGCGCCUGGAGAUUAUUGUCCUGAGAAGGUCAGACUCGAUCACACACCUGCGUAUUCCAUGGGCGGUCGUCACAACUUACAGAAGCCCAGCGACACACCUGCACCAGGCGCUUAUUGUCCUGAGAAAGUCAGACUCGAUCACACACCUGCGUAUUCAAUGGGUGGUCGUCACAACUUACAAAAGCCCAGCGACACACCGGCACCAGGCGCUUAUUGUCCUGAGAAAGUUCGUCUUGACAACACCCCAUCAUACACAAUGGCUGGAAAACAUGAUCCUAAACUGAAUAACGACACACCCGCGCCUGGAGAUUAUUGUCCUGAGAAGGUCAGACUCGAUCACACACCUGCGUAUUCAAUGGGUGGUCGUCACAACUUACAAAAGCCCAGCGACACACCGGCACCAGGCGCUUAUUGUCCUGAGAAAGUUCGUCUUGACAACACCCCAUCAUACACAAUGGCUGGAAAACAUGAUCCCAAACAGAAUAACGAUACACCCGCGCCAGGAGAUUAUUGUCCUGAGAAGGUCAGACUCGAUCACACACCUGCGUAUUCAAUGGGUGGAAAACAUGAUCCUAAACUGAAUAACGACACACCCGCGCCUGGAGAUUAUUGUCCUGAAAAGGUCAGACUCGAUCACACACCUGCGUAUUCAAUGGGUGGUCGUCACAACUUACAGAAGCCCAGCGACACACCGGCACCAGGCGCUUAUUGUCCUGAGAAAGUACGUCUUGACAACACCCCAUCAUACACAAUGGCUGGAAAACAUGAUCCCAAACAGAAUAACGAUACACCCGCGCCAGGAGAUUAUUGUCCUGAGAAGGUCAGACUCGAUCACACACCUGCGUAUUCCAUGGGCGGUCGUCACAACUUACAGAAGCCCAGCGACACACCUGCACCAGGCGCUUAUUGUCCUGAGAAAGUUCGUCUUGACAACACCCCAUCAUACACAAUGGCUGGAAAACAUGAUCCUAAACUGAAUAACGACACACCCGCGCCUGGAGAUUAUUGUCCUGAGAAGGUCAGACUCGAUCACACACCUGCGUAUUCAAUGGGUGGUCGUCACAACUUACAAAAGCCCAGCGACACACCGGCACCAGGCGCUUAUUGUCCUGAGAAAGUUCGUCUUGACAACACCCCAUCAUACACAAUGGCUGGAAAACAUGAUCCUAAACUGAAUAACGACACACCCGCGCCUGGAGAUUAUUGUCCUGAGAAGGUCAGACUCGAUCACACACCUGCGUAUUCAAUGGGUGGUCGUCACAACUUACAAAAGCCCAGCGACACACCGGCACCAGGCGCUUAUUGUCCUGAGAAAGUACGUCUUGACAACACCCCAUCAUACACAAUGGCUGGAAAACAUGAUCCCAAACAGAAUAACGAUACACCCGCGCCAGGAGAUUAUUGUCCUGAGAAGGUCAGACUCGAUCACACACCUGCGUAUUCCAUGAGCGGUCGUCACAACUUACAGAAGCCCAGCGACACACCGGCACCAGGCGCUUAUUGUCCUGAGAAAGUUCGUCUUGACAACACCCCAUCAUACACAAUGGCUGGAAAACAUGAUCCUAAACUGAAUAACAACACACCCGCGCCUGGAGAUUAUUGUCCUGAGAAGGUCAGACUCGAUCACACACCUGCGUAUUCAAUGGGUGGUCGUCACAACUUACAGAAGCCCAGCGACACACCGGCACCAGGCGCUUAUUGUCCUGAGAAAGUUCGUCUUGACAACACCCCAUCAUACACAAUGGCUGGAAAACAUGAUCCUAAACUGAAUAACGACACACCCGCGCCUGGAGAUUACUGUCCUGAGAAGGUCAGACUCGAUCACACACCUGCGUAUUCAAUGGGUGGUCGUCACAACUUACAGAAGCCCAGCGACACACCGGCACCAGGCGCUUAUUGUCCUGAGAAAGUUCGUCUGGACAACACCCCAUCAUACACAAUGGCUGGAAAACAUGAUCUCAAACUGAAUAACGACACACCCGCGCCUGGAGAUUAUUGUCCUGAGAAGGUCAGACUCGAUCACACACCUGCGUAUUCCAUGGGUGGUCGUCACAACUUACAAAAGCCCAGCGACACACCGGCACCAGGCGCUUAUUGUCCUGAGAAAGUUCGUCUUGACAACACCCCAUCAUACACAAUGGCUGGAAAACAUGAUCUCAAACUGAAUAACGACACACCCGCGCCUGGGGAUUAUGCACCAGAAGCAGUGAAGCUUAGCCACUCACCUGCAUUUAGUAUUGUCGGCCGGAGAAAUGUCCAGCAAAUUAGUGAUACACCAGCUCCGGGUGAAUAUUAUUCUGAAAAGGUCCGACUAGAUCAUACUCCAGCAUUUACCAUAUGCGGCCGAAAAUACCUUAAACACGCAGAAAACACACCAUCUCCAUGCGAUUACAAACCCGAAGAAUGCAAACUUGGCCAGUCCCCAGCUUAUUCCUUUGGCAUAAAAACAAAUCUUCACAUCAGAAAUGAAUCGCCGGCACCAGGGCAAUAUGAAUUCGAGAAAAUUAAUAUGGAUCGAGGUCCCGCGUACACUUUUGGUUUAAAAGUAACUCACGAGCAAGUCAGUGAAACCCCAGCACCCACUGCUUAUGAACCAGAAAAACACACUCUCGAUCACGCACCUUCCUUUAGUUUUGGCUUAAAGCCCAAGAGCAAGUUGACCACCGAGGCACCAGCACCCGGCUAUUAUCACCCAGAAAACUGUAAAUUAGACAAUUCGCCAGCUUUCACAUUCGGUCUCAAAGUUGCCCCCAUGCCAGCUCUGCCAAAGGGUGCUUAUGUAGAAGAUCGGAUUUUGCAAAGACGAGAACGGCGUUUAGCCAGUCCUGUACGCACCAAUCAAAACCAGAAUCUGCUGAACGGCGAGUUGGUAAACUCCACCGACAAUUCAUCUAAUCAUGUUGAGCGCACAUCCAAUACAAUUACCAGCACAACAAUAAGAACAAUUGGUGAGAAAGAAGUGCUCGAAAACGGGUAUAAAACGGACAGAGCCUCUCGGCCGCAGCACACAGGCGCCAGCAGCACCAGAACAACAGUUACACAGCACAUCGCCAGGGGCGCACUAAGCAACGGCACUGACCUUAAAGCGAACGCUAAAGCUAAAGCCACCACAACCACUAGCACUGUAACAUACACGGUUGCCGACGGUGGAUUAGAUAACGGUAGAGAAAUUCACACCGCCCAUGCCAGAGCUGAUGCCAGCACGGCCAAAUCAGGCGGCUCUAUCACCAAGACGGUGGUACAGUCGGACGGCUCAGCUGUUACAACGACCACAACCUCAAAAACUUCGUCCAUCAAAUAUGUUGUUGAGGCUAACGCCACACAUGAAAAGAGCAUAAGCUCCUAAUGUCUAUAAAAUACCCACCGUCUUGGGUAUCAGUAAGGAAGGCCCGAUACGUUCAGCACCGGCCUUCACAAUGGCCGGUAGACAAAAGCCGCG